GUUAUGUUUGGAGGUGGAGCCAGUCUGUAACACUGACAGUUGUGAACACCUCUGUUACUUCAGUUUGAUAAUUGCAAGCUGGGUAAGCAAUUGUUGCUGUGCUUGGCGUGACAGACAUAACCUAAUAUAAUAAAUCUCAGUGCUGUCAUAGUCAGCCGCCAAGUCGGUGGCUGAACUUAAACCAGGAUCUACAGUUUUCCAAGUAGUGUAUAGGAGAGGGAGUGCAGACACUGUUCUUUCUAAGAGUGGACAGGCUGUCUAUAGUACUCCUUAGACAGAAACUUUUGUUCAAACUUUGGAGCACCAGCCUUUCUGUCAAGAGGGAGAGUGAUGUGAAGCACUCCUGGACAUCAUGCAGAUGGAAGUACUAGAGAACGCAAAACCUACAACGGGAAGGUGUCGAAACAAGCGGUUGAAAGUAGCCCUCCUCUUGUCUGUGGCUGUAACUGUGGUUCUCGGGAUCGUACUGGCACUUGCUGGCAAUCGAGUGAUCAGUCUGCACUCUGAGGAGUACUGCUUGACAGCUGAAUGUGCAGAGGCUGCUGUUUUCAUAUUUAACAAAAUCAACUGGUCAGCAGAUCCAUGUGACAACUUCUUCAAUUUUGCUUGUGGAAGGUGGCAGAAGGAGACUCCCAUCCCUGAGGAUUAUUCCAGCUAUGGGACGUAUGCCUGGGUUCAACAGAAUGUCAAAGUCAAGCUAAGAGUACUGUUGGAAAACCCAAUUGAUGCAGAAAACGACAUUGAAGCCAUACAGAAAGCAAAGCAGCUAUAUCAGUCGUGUAUGAAUGAAUCUGCCAUAGAGUUGGACGAUGACACACCAUUGCUUAACUUCCUGAAGCAGCCUCCAUUGCGUUGGCCUGUGCUGGAGGAAAACAAUGGUGCUAACGGAACCUGGAAGGAGAAUGAAUUUGACCUGCUGGAGACUUUAGCUUUUCUCCGAGGGAUAUUCGGAAACAACAUCCUCAUUAGUUUCUUUGUCUCGAUUGAUGAUAAAAAUUCCAACUUUUAUAUCCUGAAGCUGGACCAGGGGUAUCUGUUUCUGCCAACAGUGGAAGAUUACCUAACUAACAGCACAGAGGCAAAAAGCGCUCGCCGCGUUCUGCUGCAGCUGAUGAUAGACGUGGCCAUUCUCCUCGGAGCGAACGCCACCACGGCUCAGGCUGACAUGGAAGCUGUGCUGGAGUUUGAGAUUAAGGUGGCGGAGAUUCUCAUUCCACAGAGCAACAGGACGAAUGAAGCCACUUACAAUAAACUCAGUGUGCUCGACUUGCAACAUGCCGUUCCACAGUUUGACUGGCUCCGUUACAUAUGGAUGGUGAUUGAUGAGGAACUCUACCCUGAGCUCACUCAAAUUAACAUGUCAGAAGAAGUCAUAGUGUACGUCCCGCAAUAUUUCAAGGACUUGUUCAAGCUGUUGGAAACUGUGGAUAACAGAACUGUUGCUAACUAUCUUGUGUGGAGAAUCGUGUACAGGAGGUUGGGCAAUCUCAGCCGGCGAUUCCUUGACAGACAACUGGAAUUAUUAAAGGUGAUCAUGGGGAUGAAAUCACUGCCCCCACGAUGGGACAAAUGUGUGAGGUUUACAGAGUACAUCCUGCCAUAUUCUGUGGGAAGGAUGUUUGUGAAAGCACAUUUUCAGGAGGACAAGAAAAAGCUGACUGAAGAUUUAGUUGCUGGUGUUCGUUGGGCAUUUUUAGACAUAUUGGAUAAGGAAAAUGACUGGAUGGAUGCAGAAACCAAAGAAAAGGCAAAAGAAAAGGCGCAGGCUGUUCUUGCCAAGAUCGGAUAUCCGAAAUUCAUACUCAUCGAUGAGAUUGUUAACGACGUCUGCAGGAAUCUGACUGUUUUGGCCACAGACUACUUUGGGAACGUGCUGAGGUCACUGAACUAUAUCGCCCAGCAUGAUUUUGCAAGCCUACGGUACCCCGUUUCAAAGACAGCAUGGUUCACCAAUCCUACCACAGUAAACGCCUUCUAUGCACCAACAGUCAAUCAGAUCCAAUUUCCUGCAGGAGAGCUUCAAAAGCCGUUUUUUUGGGGAGAGAAAUAUCCUUUGUCCAUCAGCUACGGUGCAAUUGGCGUCAUUGUUGGACACGAGUUCUCGCACGCCUUUGAUGACAGUGGCCGCGAAUAUGAUAAAAAUGGGAACUUGCACCAGUGGUGGAGCAAUGCCUCUAUUUCAAAGUUUAAGGCCGAGGCUGAAUGUGUGGUGAAGCAAUACAGCGACUACUACUGGCCACCGGCGGGACUGAUGGUGAAGGGACAGCAAACGCUGGGAGAGAACAUUGCAGACAACGCUGGCCUCCGCCAGGCCUUUAGGGCCUAUCGGAAAUGGAUAAGGGAGAAGAGAGGAAACAAGGAAGAGGCACUCUUGCCUGGCCUCAAACUGAACCAUAAUCAACUAUUCUUUCUAAGUUAUGCUCACGUCAGAUGCAGUGUACACCGCCCAGCAUCAGCUAGGAAUAACAUUCUGACUGGGUAUCACAGUCCUUCUGAAUUCAGGGUCAUUGGGUCAAUGAGCAACUUUGAAGAGUUCAGCAAGGCUUACAACUGUCCAAGGAUGGCACCAAUGAACCAAGCAGCGAACGCCUGCCGAGUUUGGUAGAGGGCGAUGUAUCAUUUGUCUGGCUAACACGUCCAAGCCUGGAAUGAGGCUGCAUGCGUCCUUGAAAAAAAGACACAAAGUGCUGGAGUAA